GGCGGCGGCUGGCCUCGGCCCGUCUGCCCGGCUUCCCCCGGGCCUCGGGGACGGCUUCCCGUGUUUACUCCCCGAGCGGGGGCUGUGCGGAUGCACUGCUGCCUCCCUCAACUUCUCCGCUUGCCGCGUUGUGGCCUCUGAAUGGAACCCGCCCAACAUCACUGAGUCACUGUCACAUGACAAAGGGUUUGAGACAGCUUCAUCUUCGCCUGUCUGUGAUUUCCUUUUGCAUUACUGGGCAUCAACUAACUACAUUUUACAAACAUUUCAGAACCAGUGUCACCACCCCCGUUUUGCAGAUUGCAGAGUAGACCCAGGGAUGUUCAGGUCACAGUAAUGAAAGGCAGUAGUAGGAAUAAGGAUCAUUCGACAGAAGGAGAAGGAACUGGGAAACGACCAAAAAGAAAGUGUCUUCAGUGGCAUCCUCUCCUUGCCAAGAAACUCCUCGACUUCUCUGAAGAGGAAGAGGAAGAAGAGGAAGAGGAAGAUCUUGAUAAGGUAGACUUCAUUGGAUGCUUUGACCAUAGAAGGUUAAUGGUCCCACUCCUGGGUGCUGAUGGUUUAGAGCAAGAUGCUGAUGAAACCGAAGAUGAUGAGUCCUCGGAGCAUCGAGCUCGCCGACCAAUGAAUGCAUUUCUGCUGUUCUGCAAGCGCCAUCGCUCUCUCGUGCGCAAGGAACACCCUCGCCUUGAUAAUCGUGGCGCGACCAAGAUCUUGGCAGAUUGGUGGGCUGUUCUAGAUCCAAAAGAAAAGCAGAAAUACACUGACAUGGCCAAGGAGUAUAAGGAUGCAUUUAUGAAAGCAAAUCCGGGGUACAAGUGGUGCCCCACAACAAACAAACCUGUGAAAACCCAGUCAUCCACUAUUACCAACAGGAAAAAGCUGUGGGCCUUUUCAUCUGACUCAGCAAAAGAUUUACCAAGCCCGAGGAAAGUGACACAAAGUGAAGAGAUGCCACAGCUUAACUUCGGGAUGGCAGAUCCUACACAAAUGGGAGGCCUGAGUAUGCUGCUUCUAGCAGGGGAACAUGCCCUGACUGCACAAGAGAUUUCCUCAAAUACUUGCCAGUCUGAUGCAACUAAUUCUACAGAAGCCUGUCAGAAGUCAUCGUUGUUUCAGUUUGCAGAGAUCUCUUCAAGCACAUCACAGCCUGGAGUCCCAGGAGCUGUAAAACAAACAGAGGAGUCUGCAUUGUUUCAGUUUGCUGAGAUCUCAUCAAAUACUUCCCAGUUGUCAAGUCCUGAACCAGUAAGGCACUGUGGGAAGUCGGCUCUGUUCCAGUUGGCAGAGAUUUCUUCAAGUACGUCACAUUCGGGUCCUUCUGAUUUAACAAAACAGUGUGGAACAUCAGCGUUAUUUCAGCUGGCAGAGAUGUGCCUUGCUUCAGAAGGAGUAAAAGUGAAAGAACCUGGGAAGCCAAAAGUGGAAGCACCAGAAGAUGUGGGAGUGGAAAUUCCAGAGGAAAUGGAAGUAGAAGAACUGGAGAAAACAACAAUAAAAGACUCCUGUAAAGGAAAAACAGAGCAAUCACAGAUGGAGAAAAUGCAAAACUUGGCUGAGACAAAAGCUGAGGAAUUAGAAACUGCAAAAUGCAGGGAUUUUAUUAGUCUUGCAAUGGAGGGCAGGCCUUUUGAGAGAAACGAUAACACAAAGAGUCACAUGUGCUGUUCUCCGGAGCUUUCAAUGGCUGACAUGAAUAUCCUCGGACUAAAGCCAGAAAAGAUAAAGAAGAAAAAGAAAAAAAAUAAGUUGGACAGGCACACAAACGAAAAAUCCACCCCUAAGAAGCCUUGCAAAAAGAGGCAGUCCUCCGAGUCGGACAUUGAAAGCGUAAUGUAUACAAUUGAAGCCGUUGCAAAGGGGGACUGGGGUGCCGAGAUACUCACGGAAACUCCCCGUAAAAAACCCCGCCCUGUCUCUAAUGUGAAGGGAAGCGUGCUGGAUACAAAAUCACCAAAGAAAAAAGUGAAAUCGAAAGAGAAGAAAACGUCAAAGGAGAAACCCCCAGAGACCACCAAAGAAUCUAAGCCUCCCGAUUUCCUUAGUAUUGCAGCCAGCAAGGAGGUACCCUGUGAGGUUUCUGAUAAUAUUAAAGUGGAACCACUGACCCCAACAGAGGAGGUGGUACCCCAAAGCUUACCAGGACAGGUCAAAACUGAGGACAGUGACUGUGUUAAAAAGAUAGAAACCUGUGGCUCCAGGAAAUCGGAGAGAUCUUGCAAAGGUGCUCUUUAUAAAACUCUGGUGUCAGAGGGCAUGCUAACAUCUCUGCGUGCUAACGUGGACAGAGGAAAAAGAAGCUCAGGAAAAGGCAAUUCAUCAGAUCAUGAAGGAUGCUGGAAUGAAGAAAACUGGGCUUUUUCCCCAAGUGGGACAAGUGGGAACAAAAAACUGAAAAAGCAUAAGCCAAAGGAAGAAUUUGUUUUCGGCUUAGCAAAGUUGGAAGAAGAAUUUGAAAAGAAAUUCAACAGCCUCCCUCAAUACAGUCCUAUUACCUUUGACAGGAAAAAUUCAGCUGCUCCGCGGAAAAAGAGAAAGGUUGGAAGCGGCUCAUCUGAACAUCCAAAAUCCAACAAAGCCAUACUCUCAGAAGACAGAAAUUCCAGUGAGCUUGCCUGGAAGAGAAUUUCUAUAUCUGCCCUAAACACUCCAGAGCCAGCAAUGAUGCAUGAGCCUUUAGUUGGCAGCCAGAAGAGGAAAGCAAGGAAAACUAAGAUCACACAUCUUGUCCGAACGGCAGAUGGUCGAGUGUCACCAGCAGGAGGGACACUGGAGGAGAAGCCAAAAGAGCUGCCACAAAGUACUCUUCAAAAAACAUCAAGUGCAGAAACAGAAUGCAACAGUGAAUGCUCCAGAAAUGCAGAGAGAGAAGAAAAUAAUAGUAUUACAUCAGAUAUGCCAGCGGUGUCUGCAUUUUUUAGCUUAGCUGCUCUGGCAGAAGUAGCAGCCAUGGAAAAUGUACACAGAAGUCAGAGGGCCACACCUCUCCCACAUGACGGACAGCCAAAUGAAAUGUCUCAGGCUCCAGUGCUUAUUUCCUGCGCUGACCAGUGAAGCUCCACUUUAUUGUAAAACGUUGUGCUUUACCUAAUAACCUAGCCUUUUCUUUACCAAGGGAAGCUAGUCAGUCCAUAUGAUGGAAACUAUAGACUGCAAGCAAGUGCUUAUUGCUCUGAGUGGCCCAGAAUUCACUGGAAGCCAGACAUUAGCAACUUGGGCCAGGUCCUCAAAUCGGAACCCAGUAUGUAGGAGGGUGGUAUUAAUUGUCUAUUAAUGAACAGAAAUGGAAUGAUCCUAGAGCUUGCUUUCUAUUGAAGGCUUUUAAACAGUAAAUAGGUGGUUGGUGUGAAAAAGGCUGCCUUUACUGUUAGCUCACACAGUGUCUCUUUUACCAACCAGAGAGUACGGCAACUAGUUUCAUAUAAUACCUAGUUACUCUAAAUGAAAAUGAAAAAAACAAAAAAAAAAAAAAAACCAACAACAAAAACACUGACGCACUGCACUAGUUAUUAUUAGUCAUUUUUGUACAUGAAGAUUUAAGUUCUAAGAUGGUUUAUAUUAAUAGGUUAUGCCUACGUUUAUAUUGUAGAAUGAAUUUAAAACCUGUUCCAGAGAACUCAAGGCAGCCUGGACAGACGUACCAUUGUUAGCGGUGUUUGGGCAGCCAUGUGGUCCAGAUGUUCUGCACUUUUAUAUUUGCCACCAGAGUGGUAGAGUUUACUGGCAAAUUUUCUGACAGGCUAUGUUUGGGUUUGUUUCUUUUUAAUUUAGCUUUGAAUAACCAGGAUGAUGUGCAUUAGAAAAAGGAGUGGUGUAUGGAAAGGAGAAUACUGCAGAUAAUUGACUUGUAUUUCAUGCCUUGGAGGGUUCCUUUUAUUUUUGCAUAGAUAUCUGAGCGACUUGGUGAAACUUUCCUGUAAACAAAAAGUACUGCAAAUGCGUUUUUCAAAAGUGACCUUAGUAUUAUUUCACCAUUCUGGAAAACCUAAAAUUGUGACUUUUCGAUAUACAUGUACAUCGAUACACAUACCUUUUGCAUUUUACAGCCACUGGCAUUGUUGUAGUUACUAUGCACAGUCCAGAUCGGCCUCACAGUUUGCAUAGUGGGCCAAUUACAGUUUGUAUUGGUGAAGUGGAAGGUUGUAUACAGGUGAACUACAGCUGAAGAGUAACAUUUGACUGAAUUCAGACCACCAAACAGACCCAUCUGCCAGUUUCUGUCUUUGCUUACGUUGGAUUUUUGUGUUGUGCUCUCAUAAGUACAUCCCAAAAGCAGGCCAAGUGUAUCACUUGGGCUGUUAUCUUGGCUAUCUUGACUUACACUAUUGUACAACCAAGCAUUGAUUCCUACCAACAAAUGCAAAAUGAUCUCUAGUAAUUGAUGGAAAGCUACAAAUUCAACAGGGUACUUCUAUAGCACAAGAUGUUUCCCUACUUUUUGCAUUGUAGCACAACAAUUUACCAAAUUGGACUCCAGCAAUAAUUUUCUAUUAGUCUUCGUCAUACCGGCAGAACUUUUGAUAGUAUUAGAUUGAGCUUGAAGUUCUUUGAAUUAAGUCUUUAAAUGAUGAGAGUUUACAUCAUUCUAUCAGGCAUUCUUAUUUAUACUUGACAGAAUUGAUAAUGUGUUUUGGGGUUAUUUUGUAACUAAUUUGAUGUAAUAGCCAUAUGGACAGCAACUCUAUUAAUGCUUGCUAGGUUUAGCCUUUCAUUCUUGUAGUUAAGUGGAAGUCUUUGGUUCAGUGUCGGGAAAUGAUCUACAACAAACCACAGGUGUUGUAACACAACUUUAAAUUAAAAGUCUGACAAAAGACAGGCAGCUGGAGAAGUGUCACUGAAACAGUACCAUGGAGGGAUGCAUGUGUUGGAAGAAGGGAACAACAGCAAAAACAAAAUUUACAAGCCAAUGGAUCAGUGAAAAGGCUUUUUAAAAAUUCAGGUGAAUAUGUAACUAAGAGCCCCUAGAAUGCCAUUGCAGCCUAUGGCAGUAUUUUUAAUAAGAUUUUAUUAAAGUUUUGUAAGUUAUUUUAACAAGAUGGGAAAAACUUAAAAGACUUAAACUGUUGGGUCACAGCAAGGUGGCUGGCUGUUGGAGUUUUGGACCACUUUAUAAUUAGCUGAAAUCCAAAUAUGUUACAGUGCAGGCCGUUCACGUUGACAAUGGUACUAACUUAUUUCUCUAGAAACCUUUAGAGUAGAUAUAUUUUUGUCAAAGCACCCCAUCCUUCCUCAAUUUAAAUUUCAAUAUUGUUCCUGAAGAUAUUUCUGUAUAUUGAUGGUACCUUUUUUAAAAGAAACAGAAAAUUACUUUUUUCUAUAUGGAUUAAUAUCUUACUUGAUCUGCUUUUCCUUGACUUUCCCUUAGAGAGGGGAUAGGGUUGGGUCAGUUUACUGGAUAUGACUGUUUUCAGAUACUUAAAAACCUUUUUGUAGAUAUGCUUAAUUUUUAAGCGAUUAGGCACUGAGAGUAGCAGAAAUCCUGCAAAGCUUUAUAGUUCACUAGGCAUUUGCCUUUGUUGGUUCUCUGAGUGAUGUCUUGAUUUCAGUAGGUAGAAUUUUCCCUGAAUCUACUAGAAAAGGGGUAUCAGUAUUUUCAGGUAACAAAGUCUGUUAGCACAACAAAAAUUUCAGACCAAUAUCUUACUGUAUUGGGGUUGGGUUUUUUCCUUGUUUGUUUUGUUUUAAUUUUUAUUAAUUUCAGCUGCUUUCAUUUUGGAAAAUCUUAUUGCUAUUGUGUGUACUUCAGUAUACCAGCAAACACUGUUACCCGUUAACACGUUGUCCACAAAUGCCUCUAGAGAAGAAAUUGUUGCACCUUAUUGUAUAUCUCAAGCAAACCAAAAUAUGAUGCUUUUCUGCUUUGUUUAUUCUGAAUAUGUUGUAUCAUACUUUACUGAAUCCAUUUUAACUUAGCUAAAGCUAUCGAUAUUUAUGCAUUUCACAUUAUUUUCUGGAUCUGAACCUGUGUAUAAAUCUUUCUUUAAAAAAAAAGAAAAGCAUUUACCAUAGUCGUCCUCUCUGACUUAUCCAUGGGAGGGGGGGAAUCUUGUCUCAAGUGUAAAAUGCAGUACUUGCCCCAGUUUUCCUUGGCUUUUAUUUAUUUAGUGAUCUUUGAUAUUUCAUACGUAGUUUUGAGGUAUACGAAAUACAUUGUUGUAGCCAAAGCUACAGAUCUGAGCAGCUGGGAGGAAAUUACUGUAAUGUCUUCUUAAUUGUUCUAGUACUGUAUACAGAUAUGGGAAAAAUGUUCUGCAGAACAUUUGAGAUGCAGAUUCUUAUCCUCACAGUAAGUUAUUUUCCACAUAUUAGACCAAAUCAGUCAGAACACAAUGAUCUUAAAGGUCUUUUAAAUCCUAAAUGAUUAUAUGAUUCUAAAAACAUCUAUUGAGAUUACUUAAUGCUCUGCUUAUGGCAGUAACUACCCCUUGAAUGUGCUGUGAUUUCAGAAAUAGAAUAUAUUUAUUUAAGA